AUGGUCACUGUGAUGAGGGUUCUCACAGAAGUUCCUCGAGACAAGGGCAGCGCCAUUGUGCGGUUUCCUUGCGAUGGACCAGGUCUCCAGGUCCUCAUCUAUGGUGAUAGCCUGACUGCCGGUGCUCCGAGCAUGAAACCAUUUGGUGAAGAAUUCUCCAAGUCGUUGGCGGAGUUUGGAUGUCGGGUAGAAGUGAUUGCUUGUGGACUUUGUGCUGCUACUGCGCAUGAGAUGAUCCAAGUCUUUGAGGAGCCUUUUGUUUUGGAUUCGCUUCAAUGUCGCUGGGGCUCAGGUCUAGGGCAUCUAGCCAAGGAAGCUGAUGUGGUGCUGAUUAUGGCAGGGACAAAUGAUCUAUGCUUUGCCGAUGGCAAGCAGAUUUUCGAUGCUACUCGAGGUCGCUGCUUGAAGCGUUGGAGUGCUUUGCCUGCCCAACGACGGGAAGCCAACUCGCUGUUGGCAUCAUGGACUCGAGGUUCAGUGGACAUCUCGGUCGAUGUCACGUGCCCUCGUCGCCCUUUGAGGUUUAUCAACACUGUGGCCCUAAUGCCAUUUGGUCCACAAAGCCGUUUGAAGAAGUACUGGGAAUCCGAUGGGGUUCAUUUCACUGAGACUGGCUCAAAGGUCUUUGGCUUUCGGCUUGCACAGCUCUUGGUUGCAAGCUGA